GGUCCUGGGAGCCUGCGCCCCCACUGGUUCCCUGCCCGGGGUCCGGGGGUCCCUGCAGUUCCUGCCGGGCCGGGGCGGCGCUGCAGCUUCAGGUGGGGGACGGAGCCGGGACCCUCACCAGCGUCUUCGGGACCCUGCGGGGCGGCUCGAGCCCGACUGUUACGUCAUCGUGGGGGCCCAACGGGAUUCGCUGGGCCCGGGGGCGGCGGCCUCGGGGGUUGGCACCGCCCUCCUGCUCGAGCUCGCCCGGUUCUUCGCUGCCAUUGGCCGAGAGGGUUUCCAGCUCCGCCGGACCCUCCUCUUCGUCAGCUGGGACGGGGCCGAGUUCGCAUUUGGGGCCACUGAGUGGCUCGAGGGCUACCCCUCCCUCCUCCACACCAAAGUGGCCGCCUACAUCAGCCUGGACCGCGCCGUGCUGGGUGCCGACAGGUUCGUGGUGAGGACGAGCCCCACGUUGGUGAAUUUGGUGGAGCGCCCUGGGGCAGGUGGAAAGCCCCAAGGAGGGCGGGAAGAGCCUCCUGGAGCAGUUGGGGAGGGGCUGGGAGAGCGACGUGAUCCGCCCGCUGCCCCGACAGCGGCGCCUUCCCCUUCACGGCGGCCGGGGUCCCUGCGCUGGAGCUCGGCUUUGACGAGGCUGCCGGGGGUCCAGGGCGGCUCUGGGACCCCCGAGGACACGCUGGGCCGGCUGGGGGGGCGGCUGCGGGGGCGGCUCCCGGCGCUGGCCCGGGCGGUGGCCGCGGUGGCCGCGCAGCUCCUGCUGGGCCUGGGCCACGACCCCCGCCUGCCCCUCGACCCCGCCGCCCUCGGGGACGCGCUGGUGAGACAGCUGGCACCGCUGCAGGCGCGGGGGGUGUCCCUGCAGUGUCUGUACACCAGUGUAACCAGUGUAACCAGUAUAACCAGUAUAACCAGUAUGGCAGGCGCGGGGGGUGUCCCUGCAGUGUCUGUACACCAGUGUAACCAGUGUAACCAGUGUAACCAGUAUAACCAGUAUAACCAGUAUGGCAGGCGCGGGGGGUGUCCCUGCAGUGUCCGGGGGGUGUCCCUGCAGUGUCUCUCCUCGGCCCGGGGCGGGAUCGUCCGCGGGUCCCUCUCGCUCCGUCGGGAAAUGUCGGGAUCCGACGCCACCAACGAGCGGCUCAACCGCGGCUUCAACGCCCGGCUCAUGGCGGCCGAGGCGUCCCUGCUGUCCCGCUCAGUGUCCCCUCUGGUGUCCCCUUUGUGUGUCGAGGCGUCCCUGCUGUCCCCGCUCGUGUCCCCUCUGGUGUCCCCGUUCCGCCACGUCCUGCUGGGCCGGGGGGGCCACACCCUGCCCGCGCUGGUGGCCCAGCUGGGGACCCUGGGGACCUGAGGGACGACCACCAAGGACAUUGGGGACAGAG